GAUAGGGCGAUACCUUCAAAGCUAAGGAAGGGAGGAAGUGGGUGUGGUUGGUUUUGUGGGAGUAGGGCGGGAGCGAGGAAGAGGAGGAGAGUGGGGGGGGGGGGGAUCCAUGGCGAAAGAGGAGGAUGAGUACCGGGACGAGAUGGAGGAGCGCCUCGUGAAUGAGGAGUACAAGAUUUGGAAGAAGAACACGCCGUUUCUGUAUGACCUCGUCAUCACGCACGCCCUCGAGUGGCCCUCGCUCACUGUGCAGUGGCUUCCUAACCGGGAAGAGGUCGGCGGCAAGGAUUUCUCCCUGCAGCGUCUCAUUGUGGGCACGCACACCAGCGACAAUGAGCCCAAUUACCUGAUGAUAGCUCAAGUGCAACUGCCGCUCGAGGACUCGGAGAAUAAUGCGCGCCAGUAUGACGACGAGCGCGGGGAGAUGGGUGGCUUCGGAUGUUCCAGUGGCAAGGUACAAGUGGUGCAACAAAUCAACCACGAGGGAGAAGUGAACAGAGCUCGUUACAUGCCCCAGAACCAGUUUUAUAUAGCUACGAAGACUGUUAGCGCUGAAGUUUAUGUCUUCGAUUACAGCAAACAUCCCUCGAAACCUCCUCAGGAUGGACAGUGCAAUCCUGAUAUAAGGUUACGAGGUCACAAGACAGAGGGUUAUGGCCUUUCUUGGAGCCCCAUUAAGGAUGGACAUCUACUCAGUGGAUCUGACGAUGCCCAAAUUUGUCUUUGGGACAUUCGGGGAACGCCUAAGCAAAAUCGCGUCAUUGAAGCUUUACAGAUCUUCCAGGGGCAUGUCGGUGUCGUGGAGGACGUCGCGUGGCAUGUCCAACAUGAGCAUCUAUUUGGCUCAGUCGGUGACGAUCGGCAGCUUCUUAUUUGGGACACUCGAGCUGCACCUACUGACAAACCUCUUCAUGCUGUUGAAGCCCACCAAGCAGAGGUAAAUUGCCUCGCAUUCAAUCCGAAGAACGAAUGGGUGCUAGCAACAGGUUCUGCAGAUAGGACUGUGGCCUUGUAUGAUUUACGGAAAAUGUCGAGGAGCCUUCACACCUUUGUUAAUCAUACGGAGGAAGUGUUUCAGAUAGGAUGGUCACCUAACAAUGAGACCAUUCUUGCUUCUUGUGGAGCUGACCGUAGGCUGAUGGUGUGGGAUCUUAGCAGAAUCGGGGAGGAGCAAACGCCUGAGGAUGCUGAGGAUGGUCCACCAGAGCUGCUUUUCAUUCACGGUGGUCAUACAAGCAAGAUAUCCGAUUUCUCAUGGAACCGAUCAGAAGACUUCUUAAUAGCCAGUGUGGCUGAAGACAAUAUUUUACAAAUUUGGGAAAUGGCCGAAAAUAUUUACCAUGAUGAGGAUGAAUCUCCAGCUGACGAUGGCCCUUAGGUUCCUCUUUUCUACAUAUUUAAAUCCCAAAAUCACAUCUACUUGCACAGUCAUAGAAAUGUCAUGUAGUCCAAUUUUGUAGUCAAAAUUGACCUUGACCAAAUUUUCAUAGAUAAGCGUUGUUGUGGAUAGUUUAGUGUACUGCUCCAAGUUCCUAAUAUACGGCCUCUUCGGUCGGAGCUGUUCCUUUAGUCGAACUCUGGUGUGGAACUUACAAAUACAUGAAACAUAUCACGGAGACUCUUUUGUAAAGUUUCAGGAUGAUACAACGGUUAUUAUUUUUUCACA